AUGGCGGAGGGCCGGGUCGGAGACCAGCACCGAGCUCGCGGCGGGGCCCCAGGUCCAGGGCCGCCGGCCAAGGGGCACACGGAGCCGAGCGCCCUCCGCACGCCCCGCUCCUCCCGCAAAGCCUCCGGGAGGCUGGAGGCGGAAACCCCCGCUGGGGGCCGGGGCCGGGGGCGGCUCCCUGCAGGACGCGCCUGUGCCAACACCGGCGGCCACGCGACCUCUGUGGACGACACCAGGUCCCGCGGCGGCCGUUCGGCACCCCGUGAGCCGGCCCCUGAGCCCCUGCCCUUGAGGGACGCUGGGGCCGGCUCCCACGCUCGACCCAUGGCCGCAGCCUGCCGAGGCCACUCCCAAGGCCCCCCAAACCCCAGCCCCUCGGCGUCAGCCCACCCAUCCCUCCGCUCCCCCUGCCGCGGGGCCCUGGACGCAGCCUUCCCGGCCAUCCUGACGGCACCGGCCACCCCGUCCCUCCAUGGCCAUGCCCCGGGCUCGCCCAGCCCAGCCCUGACUCUCCGCUGCCCUGUCCAGCCUGGUCGGCCCCACCCGGCCGCCUUCUCCGUCGGCGCUGCAUCAGCCCAGGCGCUGCUGUGCAGUCCCGCCCGGACACCCCGGGACCCGUCAGCGGCAGAGGGGCGGGUGGUGGGGCCACUGCAGCAGAGACCGGCCAGCCGGGCCUCCCUCCGGAGGAAGAACGAGCGGAGGCCGAGGAGGAAGCUGCUGCCUCAAGUCCAGCUGCCACAUGCAGCCGAGCAGCUCAUCCCUGCCGCGCUGCGGCCUGACCCCCCCACACCCCGCAGCAGCAAGCGGCCCCGCAGCCGGGGCAGCCCCCGGCCGGACUCGGGGCUCAGCUGCCAGCGCCCGAGGGCCCGCGGUGCCAGUGGCCACGAGGACCGGACACGGACCGUGCGGGGAGCCGGCGUGAUGUCCGCCCAGGAGCUCGUUGCCUGCCUCUGCCGGGAGGGGGACCAGCACCUGGCCCUGGGGGAGCCCCCGCUGGCCACCGCCUUCUACCUGGCGGCCUUCAGCUGCCACGGCCCCUCGGCGGUGCGGCGCGUGCGCGCGGCCUUGGCGGAGGCCCGGGGCGCGCCCGUGGUGGCCACCCUGGAGGCCUGGUGCCGCGGGGACGGCCAGAUCCCGGCCAUCCACUGGGACGGCAUGGCGGUGGUGUCGCUGACCGGGGCGCAGGCCUCCGCCUUCCUCGCCACCCUCUGCCCGGACCACCCGGCCGCGGCCCUGCAUUCCCUGGCCGGCCUGCUGGCCCGCGGGCGCCACAGCGAGGUGGUGCGGCGCUGCUGCGCGCUGCUGGACGCCCGCUCCCGCCAGAGCCUGGAGCUGCGGCUGACCCGCGCGCUGGCCCGCGUGCUGUCCGGGGCGCAGGCGGCCGAUGGCGUGGCUGACUACCUGCAGGCCUUCGCCACCAGCGCCCGGCGAGCCGUGGCCUUCAUCCGCACCCACCAGCAGCCCUACCUCCCAGCGCUGGUCCGCGCCCUCCAGGACUACAGCUCGGGGCCAGGGGAGCCGGGGGCCGGUGCACGGGUCGGCGAGUGUCAGGCGCUCCUCACAGCCCUGGCUCCCGAGGGCACCUGGGGCGACGCGGCCCCCGCAGCUCUGCUCCACGCCGGCAGGUACGAGGACUGCCGGGCAGCCUGCAGCCGGGCGCUGGACACCCGCCCCGCCGGCGGCACACCCCAAGGCGAGCAUCUGGCCGUGCUGCUGGUCACCCGCGCGGCCGCAGCCUUCUUCCUGGAGAGCGGGGUGCACGACGUGCUGCGGGACCUGCUCGAGGCCUUCCGCCAGUGUCCCUCCGGGGCGCGGAGGCAGCUGCAGGCCGUGCUCUCCGCCGGGGACCUGGCACGCUUGCGAGCCCAAGCGCAGGAGGCCGUGGACUCCGGCUUCGCGGGCUUCCAGGAGGUCGUGCGGCGCCGCCCAGAGCUCCGCGAGGACUCGGGCCGCGAGCUGCUGGCCCCAGUGAACCAGGCGCUCCGUGUCCUGCUGCGCGUGGCCCCACCCGGGGCGCGGCCGGCCCUGGGCGCCCGCCUGGCCGAGUGCCUGCUGCUGGGUGGGAAGGCGGCCACUGCCCAAGCGCUAUGCGAGCGCCUGCUGCGGCCCGCGCGCCCCGCCGGCCCGGGGGGAGACGACGCCGGGAGCCUCGCGCCCCUCCUGGCCCUGCGCGGGUUCUGCGCGCUGCACACUGGCGACACGCAGCGCGCCCGGGAGGACUUCCAGGAGGUGGUGGAGCGGGGCCCGCCGCAUGCCAACAGCUGCGUGCGGGCACUGUGCGGCCGAGGCCUGCUGCGGGUGCUGGCGGGCAGCGCGUUCCUGGGCGCGCUGGACUAUGUCACCGCCUGCCGGCUGCACCCCGAGGACACCCUGCUGGUUGCCAAGGCCUACGUGCCCUGGAACCAGCGGGGCCUGCUGCUGACCGUGCUGCGGGAGGAGGGCCGCCGCAUGCUGCAGCGGGGCGCCCCGGGACGCCGGAGCAAGGGGGCCCAGCGGGACCAGCCCGCCGCGCAGGAAGGGGAUGCCCGAGGCGUGCACCAGCUGGCCACGCUCCUCCUGGGCCUGGACGAGGAAGAUGAGGCCUCCUGCCUCCUGGCGGCCGACGCCCUGUACCUCCUGGGCCGCCUGGCCGACGCCCACAGGACCCUGCUGGUGGCCCUGGCCCGCAGACCCCAGGCGGCCCCCGUGCUGGUGCGGCUGGCGCUGCUGCAGCUGGGCAGCGGCUUCUCCUACGACGCCGACCAGCUGCUGAAGAAGGUGGUCCAGUCCGGGGACACGGCCUGCCUCGCGCCCACCCUCGACGUCUUCUGCCCCGAGGACCGGCAGCUGCUGCGCGGCCACUGCCACUCGCGCGCCCUGGCCAUCCUGCGCGCGCGGCCGGCGGGGCCGGAGAGCGGGGCCCACACCAGGGAGGCCAUCGCCUACCUCUCUCUGGCCAUCUUUGCUGCAGGGAGCCAGGCGAGCGACAGCCUCCUGGCGCGCGCGCGCUGCUACGGGCUGCUGGGCCGGACGAAGACCGCCCUGUUCGACCUGGACCGCCUGCUGCAGGCCCAGCCGGGGCACGUGCCCGCGCUGUGUGGCCGCGCACUCCUGCGCCUGGCCCUGGACCAGCGGGAGGCGGCGGCCGACGACCUCCUGGCGGCUCUGCAGCUGGACGCGCGGGCCGCGCUGGCCGAGAUCCGCGCUCUGAAGCCCGAGGCCCGGGCCCUCGUCGCCCAGGGCCUCUGCUCCCGCUGCCGCGCCGACCUGGGCCAGCAGCUGGACGCCGGGGCCCGGCUCGGCCCGGAGGACGCCCAGCGCCUGCGCGCCGCGGGGGAGGCCCUGGUCAGCCUCGGCGGGGGGCGCCCAGGCCCACAGCUGCUCCUGGUGGACGUGCUGACCGCGGCGGGCAGCUACGAGGAGGCGGGCGCCCGCCUGCAGGAGGCCCUGCACCCCGCCCCGGCGUCCGCGGCCGCCCUGGCCCGGCGGGGCGUGCUGGGGCUCAAGAGGGGGGACGCGCCGGUGGCCGUGCGCGACCUGCAGGGCCUGGCGGAGGCGGACCCCGGGGACCUGGGCUUCCUGCUGCGGCUCCUGGAGCCCGCGGAGCGCCGGAGCCUGGCCCAGGUGGCGGCGCGGGAAGCUGCUGCCCUCCUGGAGGCCGGCCAGCCGGGGCAGGCGCUCGGCUACUGCUCGCUGGCCGUCCUGGCCAGCGGGGGCAGCGCCCACCACCUGCGGCUCCGGGCCGCCUGCCUGGCCGAGCUGCAGCAGCUUGAGCGGGCCCGGGAGGACCUGGACCGCGUGCUCCGGGAGGCCGCGGGGGACGCCGGGGCCCCGGUGCGGGCGGAGGACCUCUGCUGCCAGGGCCGCCUGCUGCUGCGCCUGGGGGACGAGGCUGGGGCCGCGGGGGCCUUCGCCCAGGCCCUCCAGCUGGCGCCCGGCCCCGCCCGGGGCAGCCUGUGGGAGCGACCCGGCCGGGCCCCCACGGCCCGCGUGCUCCUGCGCCACGGCCAGCGCUGCCUGGAGGAAGGACGCUUGGCCGAGGCCUGGGGGGCGGCCCAGAGCGGCCUCCUGGCCGACCCGCGGCACCGUGGCCUGAAGAGGCUGAAGGCAAGGAUCUGCAGGGCGGCGUCCCCGGGCUGCCGGCUGCACUGACCGGGCCUCCCGGGCCUCCUUCCCGGGCCCCUUCCUGGCCCCGAAGCCGCCGCCUGCAGGGCCUGCCCUUCCCCGCGAGGACGGAACUCCCGAGCCGGGUGGUCACUCUGGCCGCCACCUCCUCUGCUGCCCGCCGAGCCGCCUGCCACUGGGCUCCUCCUGGCCACUGGCCGGUGGCCCAGUCCGCACCCGCCCCUCACGGAGGCCCCGUGCCCAGCCGCUGCCAGGCCCGGCCCGGAAGCUGCGCGAGGUCGGGACGCGCCCAGCUCGAGAAGAAGGGGUGGGGAGGCCAAGGCGGCCUCGGGGAGCACAAGUCAAUAAAGUUGGAGUGGAGGCGUGGAGGCGUGGCGGGCGGUAAAUGCAUCCGGGGCACCGCGCGCCGGGAACAACGAGGGGACCCCGACAGCCAGUGCAGUCGUGCGAGGCCCGAAAUGACACUCGUCAGUCCCACCAGCCUGAGGCGCUCUCGGGGGCCCCCCCACUCCUCAUGGACAUCCCGGCCGGAGCCGAUGAGUCGGGGUCAGCCUGGUGGCGCCUGCUCCGUCCACUUCAGCCACAACCGGCCUGGAGGACAGGCUUUCCUGCUCGCGGUCUGCAGGGGAUGAGGGGCGCCCGCGCUGUGAGG